UAGCUGAAAACAGCGGGGGCAUGGGGAGAGACAGUUUACAGACAAUCUCACUUUCUUUUGAUCUGAGGAGACAUGAUGGAAAUUCCAGUGAUCCAUUUGACUAAUCUUGGAAAAAGAAAUCUAAGCUUAGAAGAGAUAACAGCGAUUGGAAAAGCUUGUCUAGAGUUUGGCUUCUUCCAUGUCGUCGACCACGGAAUCGGGGAAGAACUGCGACGGCAAGUUCUAGAAAAGCUCUGGCAAUUUUUCCAAUUACCAGCAGAGAAAAAGGAAGAAAUUCACCGACGGAAGAAUUUUCGUGGAUAUUUUACUAAAGGAGAAGAACGCAGUAUUGAGUAUGGCUGCACCGAGUGGAAGGAAGGAAUAUAUUACUUCCGUGACUUCAAUAACGUCCCUGAAGGAAGAAAAGAAAGAGUUUUCUGUGGGAACAACCCGUGGCCUAAAAACGAAUAUGUUCCUGAUUUCAAAACAGUUAUGACAGAAUACUUCAGAAAAACACAGGAAUUAGCGUCGGACCUGUUGAGCUGUGUUGCGCUUUUUUUAGGCCUUGAAAAGGAUUUCUUUAACAAGGAAUUCACAGAUGAUCCUUUUGCUCAACUAGCCAUGUUUCACUACCCUCCCAACCCUGCUUCAAAAAAAGGUCAAGAAGUGUGGGGAGUGGGGAGACACACUGAUUAUGGCAUGCUAACAAUUCUUCUCCAAGAUGAUGUGGGUGGCCUUCAAGUAGAGACUGAAGAUGGCUCAUGGAUUGAUGUCCCACCAGUUCCAGGGUCCUUUGUUGUCAAUAUAGGAGACAUGCUGGAAAUCUGGACAAGUGGUGCUUUUAAAGCAAAACCUCACAGGGUGAAGGUCUCUCCAACCAAACACAGACUGUCUGUUGCAAUGUUUUAUGAACCAGGAUUUGAUUGUGUUGUUUCACCGAUUCCUCUUGACAAGACUCUACUUCCUGUAGAAAAAACAGUUGUAAGGCCAUCAUUACCGUUCCCAAUACACUAUGGAGACUAUGUUCUGAAUAAAUAUUGUGGCAUCCUACCUGAAGAAAAACAAUAAAUGUUCAACUAUUUUUUGUGGCUCGACUCAGUUAUUUACUCAGAACAAAUUGGGCAGAAAUUACUACUUGAGAAGGCAUGUUGCUGCAUACUGCAUAACAUGAAGAAAUUCAUAGUUAUUUGGUAACAAGCAUUCCAUCUAUUUAUGUGUACCUAUACUCUGCUAAGUUAAUCAGAAAACCCAGGCCAUUCUUUCUCUCAAAUAGGGGAUUCCAUUAGAUGGUGUCAGGUGGUUUUGAAAGUUCCUUGAAAAACAAUUCUAAGAACAGUAAGUCCAACUACUGCCUUUUAUGAGCUGAAUGCCUGUGUUGCCAACACAACUUGUGGGAAAAACUAACUGCACUCUAACUCAAAUGAGCAUAGAGUAAUUUAUCAGACUUUACAUGGAACAUGUCAGUCCAGAUGAAUUACAGUCUUGUUGCCUUUACCUGUGUGUUUUCACUCUCUUGUGUUGUAAUGCUAAAGUUGGAGUCUAGCACACUUCUUUUGGGUGUGAAGUCACUUCUCAUGUGGGACAAUCAACUUGUCUUAGUGAAUGAACUUCCUGGGAGAGAUUCGCUACAGAGCAAGGUGACCAAAUACCACAAAUAAGUCUGGGUAAUCAAAUGGUAUGCUUGUGAAAUUAGGAAUAAUUUCACACAUGUUCUCAAAAUUCUUAUAAUUUCCCUGAGCCUUAAGGCGAGGGAAAUUAUCUGAAAUUUGACAAAAUGCAAAUGAAAUCAUUUCCUAAUUUCACAAGCAUACCAUUUGAUUACCUUUUAAUAUCAUAGAUGACAAAUUUCGCUUACAAUCAUGGGUCUUUGACUUUAUUGUACCAUGGGGGGAAAUUCCGUGUCAAAUGUUACCAUGGCAAUUUUUAUAAUUUCACAUGUGAAAUUAUAAAUUUCUGCCUUAAAACACUAAACUGUCAUGCCAAAAUUAAGGAGUAAUUUAUUUGUCACCAAUGAUAUAAUUUAUUGCAAAAACUGCAGUACAAAUCAAAUGAUAAUACAAUUAUUCAAAAGACUUUAAUUUCCCAAAUGACAAACACAAUUUAUGAUGGUCAGC